CGGCGGCCGGUCCGCUGCCGAGCUGUAUCCGUGGGGUUCGGGGUUGUUCCGCCCGGCCCGGUGUGUGUCUGGCGGUGUCACCGGGGCCCAUCGCCCUCUGAAAGGGUCCAGAACCUCCCAAACCGCUGCUCCUGCCUCAGGACCUCUUCCCCUGAGCACUCGGAGCGGUUUAGAUUUCGGCAGUCGUGUGCUGUGGUUUCUGCUAUUCCCGUUCUCCUGCUUCGUUCUUGAAACAUAAAAAAAGCAGAAAUUUCCGGGCUAAACUUAGAGCUGGAAGCUCCUUCCCCCCCUCGGCUCUUCAGGGAAAGCGCAGUGCCCCAGAAAAAAGUGAUUAAAAUCAGGAGGAAACAGUGAAAUAAAGAAAUGGCAGAAGCAGUUUUUCAUCCCCCGAGAAGGAAAAGAAGAGUUUUUGAGACCUACGUGGCUCCCUUUCCUGUGGAUGUGGGUGGCAAGGACUUCAGAAUGUGCCAGGCUGAGAUCCUCAACAACCACGUUCUUGUCAGGAACCCUGAAGACAUUGAACAGCUUUAUAACAAGGGCUAUUUUGGCAAAGGUAUCCUUUCCAGAAGUCGACCAGUAUACAGCAUUUCAAAUCCUUCCCUGGCUGCUAAGUGGCAAGGUGAUAACAUGAACAUGCCUAUAAUCUCUUCCAAAAAGUACCAGUAUCAUGUUCAGUGGGCUAAAAGUGUUUUGCAACAGCAAGGACUUGAUGACUGCUCAGUAACCAGAAUUCUUGAAAAUUACACAAAGCCUCUCGAGCCACCAGUUUUGGAAGAGGACAGAGCAGAACAAACCAGUAAUAGCUGCAACAGGAUGGCCCCAAGCACAGAAAAUACAGAAUUUCCCAGACAGUCUGCUACAGAGAGUGGAAAUGUGGUAGCUCCAAGGCCUGAAAAUCAGAAUGAGGGCUCUAAGAGAGCCUCUUUGGAAGGAGAUCCAGAGUCUGGUCCUGUGGCCAUGUGUGGCUUGAAAGAAGAGGAGCAAGGUGAGGUGAAAGAGGGUGCGACAGGGGCUUGCCAGAAUCCUGUGCAUCGUGGCAGCGAGGUGGAGGAGAGCACUGAGCCAAGAUCUGGUGACAUGAGCAAGUCAAGAGAGUGUACUGCAGAAUAUGUGCUGGUGGAAGAGGAAGAAGAAGGCAGCUUCUGUCCUGGAGAUGACUCUGCUCAUGCACAGGGAAAUCUUGUCAAGAAGGAAAAACUGGUAUGCAGGAAAAAUCCCUUUAGGAUUUUUGAAUAUUUACAACUCAGCUUGGAAGAGGCUUUUUUCUUGGUGUAUGCUCUGGGGUGUUUAAGUAUUUAUUAUGGUGAGGAGCCCCUGACAAUUUUGAAGCUGUGGGAGUUUUUCAGUGAAGUGAAACCCAACUUUAAAACCACUUACAUGGCCUAUCACUACUUCCGCAGCAAGGGCUGGGUCCCCAAGGUUGGACUGAAGUAUGGGACUGAUUUCUUGCUGUACAGAAAAGGCCCCCCCUUCUAUCAUGCAAGUUACUCUGUCCUUGCUGAAUUAGUUGAUGAUAAUUUUGAAGGUUCUCUUCGCAGACCACUCAGCUGGAAGUCCUUGGCUGGGCUGAACAGAACAACUGCUAAUGCUUCUAAGGAACUGAUGCUUUGCUAUUUGAUUAGACCAUCUGACAUGACAGAAGAAGAGAUGUCAACACCAGAAUGUAUGAAAAGAAUUAAGGUUCAGGAGCUGAUUGUGAGUCGUUGGGUUUCUUCCCGUGAGCGCAGCGAGCAAGAGGAGUUUUAGCUGACUGCAUGGGAAGAGCUUCCUUGUUUCAGAACUGCAUCUUGGGGUUCCACCUGAUCAUCUCAUGAUGAACCAUUGCCUGAGAACAAUUUCUGUCAGCAUAUUCACUUGGUAUGUACAAAAUGCCAUUUAAAAUGAGGGAUAUCCUGCUGACUGGAGAGAAUGGUGUGUUGAAAAACAACUGAACUACAAUAACGCAUAAAAAGGGGGGGGAUUAAAGCUGUUCCCCAAUU